AUGAAUGUCAAACAGCGGCAAGACUGUGGUCAUCCUGGAAUUAGUGCUAAGGAGUGUUAUUCCCGCGGAUGCUGUUUCGAUUCGAGCAUUCCCGAGGUGAAAUGGUGCUUUUACCCAAAAUUCAAAGGUAUGGUGUUUGUUGUUAGUUUACUAUGA